AAGACCUGGAGCGGGGUUCAGCUGGACAUGGCAGCCGCGCGGCCCGGCCUGGGACGCAUCGUCCCCGGAACAUCCAUCCUCUUCCUGUGCGACAUGCAGGAGAAGUUCCGCCACGCCUCGUUCUUCCCCCAGAUCGUGUCUGUGGCUGCCCGCAUGCUCAAGGUGGCCCAGCUCCUGGAUGUGCCAGUUGUGCUGACUGAGCAGUACCCACGAGGCCUGGGCCCCACAGUGCCCGAGCUGGGGGCCGGGGGUCUGCAGCCACGGUCCAAGACCUGCUUCAGCAUGGUGCCCGUGGUGCAGCAGGAGCUGGACGCGCGGCCCCAGCUGCGCUCUGUGCUCCUCUGUGGCUUGGAGACACAAGCCUGCAUCUUGCACACAGCCCUGGACCUCCUGGACCAAGGGCUGCAGGUCCACGUGGUGGUGGAUGCCUGCACCUCCCGCAGCCAGGUGGACCGGCUGGUGGCGCUGUCCCGGAUGCGCCAGAGCGGCGCCUUCCUCUCCACCAGCGAAGGGCUCAUCCUGCAGCUCGUCGGCGAUGCCGCCCACCCCCAGUUCAAGGAGAUCCAGAAGAUCAUCAAGGAGCCCGCCCCAGACAGCGGGCUGCUGGGCCUCUUCCAUGGCCAAAACCCCCUCUUCCGCUGAACUCCCUACCCUACCUUGAGGGGAGACCACCUUCUUGUCCCUGGGACCUUGGCAGAAGCGCUUCCCCCCCCCCAUUCUUGGAUCCCCAGAGUGGUGCAGUCCACCGGCGGUACCGCCCCCUCAGGAGGGGAUGUGGGUGCCGCUUUUCCAUUGGAUAGCAGCUCCCGGAAAUGCAAAUGAGACUCCUGGAAGCUGGGCGGGGGUUGGCUGAGCCGAGCUGGAGGUGGGGCUCGGCCCCCGGGCCACUUCAAGGGGUGGCAAGGGGAGGGGGAGGGAGUGUCACAGGCUGUGUGGGACCCGGUCUCAGAGAAUAAACAUUGAUGUGACUGUGGACU